GUCACUUCCCAACACAUUCUUCUUCCUGUGCUCUGAAAAUUAAACUGAAAUUUCUUCUUGCUACUAACAUGGCUUGCAGAUUGCAAGAGCUUCCCAUUGAAAAGGUUCAGAGUGAAUUGAAAGUUGGUCGGUAUGGUUUAAAGAUCUGAGGAACUGAAGCUGGGGCAUUCAAUGCAGGAAACGUACUACAAAGAGAAAGAAGAGAUGCAGAAUCUGUGUGCUACAAAUGGGGGAACAGAGCAGUGCUGUGGGGAGCACAGAAAGAGACUGGAGUUGUUCUGCCUUUAUCUGUGUCUUGUGUGUUCCCAGACAUUCCGGUCACAGUUUUGUGUUCCUGCAUGAGGCACUCAUUGUGUAUAAGGAACAUGCUGUUAAUUUGGAAAAAUACUUUGCAGAAGAGUUUGUAAAACUACACCAGUUUCUCCAUGACAAGGAACAAAAACUCAUUCAACAAAUUAACAGCAACUCAUCAGAAAUUCUGAAAGAGAUGGAAGAAAAUCUUGAGUGCACUAAAACUGGUGUUACAGAAAUCCACUCAGCAGUGUCUGAUACUAACUUGGAAAUCAAAACAGAAGUAGAGGUUCUAGAUGAGAGAAGUGAUGACACAGACUGUUUGGCGACCACAGAGGAAUCCGUGUCAGGUGACACCUCAGAACAUGGAAAACGCAAAGCUAAUGGAGUUCUAUCAGCUCCAGAAUCAUUUGAGGAUGUUGCUGUUACUUUCUCAGCAGAGGAGAUGAAGAUGUUAACAAAACAAGAUAAGGAGCUUCAUAAGGAAGUGAUGUUAGAGAACUAUGACUCCUUAGUUUCAACAGGUAAUGGGAGCAGAGAAUGGAGAAUUUGCUGCAGUCAGCAGCCAUCACUUGGAGAAUCUCUAUUACAUUAUCCUACAGAGAACACACAGCACUCUAUUCAAACUCUGAAAGGCUCCAACAAACAUCCUGUUAUACCUGUAGCACAACUUCAUCCAGGUUACACCUGCAACAUGAACUCUGGAUGUGACCGAAGUGCUAUAGUACAACAAAUUCCAUUAGUGAAUCGGAGAGCUCACAAAGAAAAGAAGCAAUAUAAAUGUCCUGAAUGCAAUAAGUGUUUCAAACAAAGAACUCCUCUAGUACAACAUAAAAGGAUUCACAGUGGGGAGAGACCAUAUAAAUGUCCUGAAUGUGGUAAGUUUUUCAGACAAAGUAGUGCUCUAACACGACAUAAAAGGACACACAUGGGGGCAAGACCAUAUGAAUGUCCUGAAUGCAAUAAAUGUUUCAGACAAAGAUAUAGUCUAGUAGAACAUGAAAGGACUCACUCGGGCAACAGACCAUAUAAAUGUCCUGAAUGCAGCAAGUGUUUCAAACAAAGAAGUCAUCUAAUACAACAUAAAAGGACUCACACUCAGGAGCGGCCACAUAAAUGUCUUGAAUGCAAUAAGUGUUUCAGACAAAGACAUAGUUUAGUAGAUCAUGAAAGGACUCACUCGGGGGACAGACCAUAUAAAUGUCCUGAAUGCAACAAGUGUUUCAAACAAGGGAGUCAUCUAAUAGAACAUAAAAGGAUUCACACGCAGGAGCGACCCUAUAGAUGUCCUGAAUGCAAUACGUGUUUCAGGCAAAUGAGUACUCUAGUAAAGCAUGAGAAAACUCACAUGUAAGAGAGAGAGAGAGAGACCAUAUACAUGUCCUGAAUGCAGUAAGGGUUUUUCAACAACUAGUCACCUUAGAAGUCAUGUCAGUUCACAGGGGGCCUGAUGGAGAGAUGAAAAGACAGCAAGCAAAGGAGCAUAGUAGUGCUGACAUUAAAUUCAUCCUCAAGUCUUGGUGAGUACCUUCAUGAAAUGGACCAUGUUUUUACAAAAUCUCACCAAGACGGC